UGAACUUAAAUAGUCUGUAAGAGCUGGCAGCAGAGCAGUGGUUACAAACUCCUCUCAUAUAGCAGAAACAUUACCUAUCUGUAUCUUUAAAAAAGACAAAAAAAACACCUUUAUAGAGGUAAAUAGUGUUCAGCCUUAAUCUGUGGGAGUUUCUCUGAAAGCACAAUGUUGAGAAUUUGCGGCAAAGCUCUGGUGGGGAUGGUGAGGCCCUUUCACUUGGUGAAACCUGUAUCAGUGACCCUGGUUCCUGGCAGAAACCUGAUCCAGCAGAAGGGAUUGCCCAGUCAGCCUGUCCCCCCUCUGCAGCAGACUUGUGAGCUCUACCUCAGCUAUAUGGAGCCCAUUCUGGAGGAGGACGAGUUGAAGCGAACCAAAAAACUGGUGGAGGAGUUUCGGAAAGCAGGAGGAGUCGGAGAAAGACUCCAGAGAGGCCUGGAAAUGAAAGCACGCAACACUGAGAACUGGUUUACAGAGGAUUUUGUCAGGACUGGAUUUCUUGCUGCACGAAAACCUCUCGCAGGUGUAUCAAAUUCUGCAGGGUUAUUUCCCAAAAUAGACUACAGUGAUAAAAAGGAAAAAAUAAGGUAUGCUGCCAAACACAUAGCAUCUGCAAUGGAAUUAAAGACAAUGAUUGACAAUGACACACUACCAGCUGAGCACAUAAAAGGGACGCCACUGUGUAUGAAGCAGUUUGAGUAUUUGUUUUCAUCCUGCCGUAUCCCUGGUGCGACAGUGGACACCAUGGAGUUCUACACCCAGAAACACAUCACUGUAGUACACAACGGUCAGUUCUUUGUGAUGGAAGCAUACAACAGUGAUGGGAGUCCACUGACAGUUGAUCAGCUCUGUGUUCAGCUGGAGAGGAUCUGCAACUCCUCACUACAGACCAACAUGGAGCCUGUUGGAAUCCUCACCACCCAGCGUCGUGACAACUGGAGCAAAACCUACAACAACCUCAUCAAGGAUGAGACCAACAAAGAGUCAGUGUUGGCUAUCCAAAGCAGCAUCUUUACAGUGUGUCUGGAUGGAGCGAUGCCCUCAGAGUCUAAUGAGAUGUAUCGCAUCAGUGCUCAUCGUCAGAUCCUACAUGGAGGAGGCAGCCAGUGGUACAGUGGAAAUCGCUGGUUUGACAAGGGGCUUCAGAUAAUUAUUGGAGAAGAUGGGACAUGUGGUGCAAACUUCUCAUGUACAGUUGCUGAUGGUGUAGUCCACUCAUCCAUUUGUGCGAAGUUAAUAACAGACAUAAAAAAGCCAGACGUGCAGAUGCAGUGUCCCAUGAAGCCUUUACCCGUUCCCCAGAAAUUACACUUCAACCUCACACCUGAGAUCAAGAAGGACAUUGAGGAGGCCAAGCAGCACAUGGACGCACUGGCUGACGAUCUGGAUCUGAGCUGUACGGGAUUUGACCACUUUGGGAAAAACUUCAUAAAGGCUCACAAGAUGCGCCCCAAUGCUUUCGUACAGUUGGCGCUAAAGCUAGCUUACUACAGGAUGUACCAGCAGAUCUGUCCAUCACUGGAAUAUGUCUCCCUGCGUGCGUUCAAACUAGGACGUAUCAGUAUGAUGAAUACAAACUCGCCUGCCUCAGCUGCCUUUGUUAAGGCCUUUGAUGACUCCAAAAUACAGAACCCAGAGAAAGUUCAUUUAUUGGAAAAAGCUUUAGAGUCACAUGCAUGGUACACUGACAUGGCAUUUAGAGGCCAGGACGUGUCUUGCCACCUCUAUGGUCUGAGGUUGCAGGCUGAGGAAGAAAACAUCCCCUUGCCCAAAAUCUUCACAGACCCCUCCCUUUUUAAAGUCUUUGACUGCAAACUUGGUACAAGUUAUGUACUACGAUUCAAUGGAGUUUCACCAUGUUAUGGCCCAGAUGAACCUGAAAAAUACGAAGUGCUCUAUAGUAUUAUGGACAAUCGCAUUGAUUUCACUGUGUCUGCUUUUAAAUCCUACUACACUGACAAAGAAAAAAAUGCAGCAUAUUUGGCCCGAGUUGUGGAGGAUGUGCUGUUGGACAUGAGGACCCUGCUGGAACAAACUACAACAAGCUAAUCCAGAUUUGAAACAAUUGUGCAAUUUGCUUUGCAGAGAGUUAGAUAAAACUGACACCAUUCUCAUAUCUGUCCUUGUUGUUUUGAAUUGAUUUCACUUUAUUUUAUAACAAAGAGAAAGGAGGAAGAUAUGUGUACUAGAUAUGUAAGGGUAAGAAAUGCUGAUGCAAUCAAUACAUUUCGGAAUGACCUCCUUAGAGAACAAUGGAGAGGAGUUUAUGUAGAUGAUGUCAACGCUGCAUAUGAAUCAUUUCUAAAUCGCUUGUUAUUACUGUAUGGCGAACAAUUUCCAUUAAUAACAAAUAAACAAAAAGGCAAGUAUAGUAAAAAACCAUGGAUUACAAAGAGUUUGCAAAACGCGUGCAAGAAGAAAAAUAAGCUUUACAGAGACUUUAUAACUUAGAACCAAGGCAUCUGAAAAGCAAUACAAAGUAAAUAAAAAUAAGUUUACAGUUAUACUAAGACAAGCCAAAAUGAAUUAUUAUAAUAAAAGGCUAUUAGAAAAUAAAAAUGACAUUAAAAGUACCUGGAAUAUUCUGAAUGAAGUAACUGCCAAUAAUCCAGUUCCCACAAGUAAACCUAGCUUUUACAUUAAUGAUAGCAAGGUGGUCCUAAAAAAUCUGAAAGAAGUGGUGAAUGAAUUUAAUUCCUUUUUGUAAAUGUUGGGCCGAAUCUUGCGAAAACUAUUAAACAACAUGAUAAUGGACAAGCAGAAGGUGGCUGGAAUGGGGAAAGUAAAGUAUUGCAAUCUAUAUUUCUUGGAGAAGUGAAUGAGAGUGAAAUAAUUUCUAUUGUGACGAAAUUUAAAAAUAAGACUUCAACAGACAGUGAUGGGAUUGACAUGAUCAUUGUUAAAAAAAAAAAAACAUU